UUAGAUCCCAUUUAGCCUUUACUUUUUUAUUAAACGUUUAAUUUACUUUUGUAAUACGUUUAAAAAAUAAUUGUUCUAAUAUGAUGAACCGACAUGCUUAGUGAGUCUCGGUAAUGGGUGUAUGCUGGUGUAAGGACAAGGCUCCAGAGCAGGAGGUGUACGCGCGGUCGGCGCUGCACGGGCACGCAGUGGUGCUUAGCACCACCGAGGCCCGUGCCCCAGCACCCACUCGCGUCUCCUGCAGGAAGGUUGACCAGCUUGUCAUGGAAAUGCUCACACUUAUUGCUUCGUUUGUUGAUAAUGAUGAAGAGUCGCCGGUGUCACUGGUGAAACUUCACGUGAUAGCAGAUAAAGAAGAUGGGUGGAUUCAAGUUGUGACUUCUAUAGUGAAUGUGAUCCCCUUGGACGACCCGUUCGGCCCUUCCGCCAUCACGAUUUUGCUGGAUGACUGCCCGCUGCCCUCCAAGGAAUCCGUAGUCAAAGUAACUCAGCUGUUCGGGCUGUCGUCGCAACGAGCAAACGCUGACGAGCUGAACGUGCGAGUGGAGAGAAACAUCUGCGUGGUGUUGGGCUGUAUCGCCGAGAAGCUGGCUGGUCCCAACAGCGUCGCCGUGCUCACUGAUAGCACUCUCGACUACUUACUUGCGUUCCUUAUAUCGCGUCGAGAAGCAUGCGUUGUACUAUUCGCGCUGAUCGCGUUAGAGAAGUUCGCGCACACGACGGAAAACAAGUUGACAAUAAAAAUGCGGCUGGAGCGUGAACCUGAGAACCCUCUCAUCGUCCUCGAAAGACUAGCAGGUAGUGAAGAUUAUCUCUGGCGACAGGUCGGCUUCUGCGCUAACUGGGCGCUGGACAACUUAUUCAUAGUCGAAGGCCGUAAGCUGUCAUACGAAGUGGUGGACAUGUCAAAAAUUAAUGUAAUUCUCAACUCGCAUGAUGUCAGUGAGUACCUCAAGAUAUCGUGUAACGGGCUAGAAGCGCGGUGCGAUUCGUACUCGUUCGAAAGCGUACGAUGUACAUUCCAAGUCGACGAUGGCUGCUGGUACUAUGAAUCUGUGAUCAUCACGCCUGGAGUCAUGCAGAUCGGAUGGGCAACGAAAAAUAGUCAUUUUUUAAAUCAUGAAGGCUUCGGGAUCGGCGACGACCUGUUUUCGCUAUCGUAUGAUGGAUGUCGGAAGCUGGUGUGGUACAAGGCGCGACCAACCCCCAUCAAGGACAUGCCAGCAUGGCGCCCGGGCGACGUACUUGGCUGCCUCAUCGACAUACCUAAAAGAGAGGUCAUCUUCUCACUCAAUGGACUCCGACUUGCGCCUUGCAACGAAAUCUUCGAAACUACUAGGUACGGAUUCUUCGCGGCGGCAAGCUUCAUGGCGUUCCAGCAGUGCCGGUUCAACUUCGGCGCUGAACCAUUCCGCUUCCCCCCCACCGAUCGACCCUUCUCCAGCUUUAACGAACACGGCUCCCUUACCGACGAACAGAAAAUGGUGGUGCCCAGACGAAUAUAUCUAGAGCAGCUGAGGUGCUCGAGCGUGAAGGAGGACUCGUGCACACUGUGCUACGACGACACAGCGUGUUGUGUGCUCGAACCUUGUGGCCACAGAGGGUUCUGCUCCGUGUGCACGUCACAACUGAAAGAAUGCCCGAUGUGUAGAGCGCCUAUAAUGAAUGUGAGGCGGGAAGACACAUGACACGAGGCACUGUCGAGAUCCAGGACCUGCACGUCGCAGAGGCCUGGCGGUGGGCCCGGUGACCCAGAGCUCCUGCCCACGCCCGAACCUUGCCACUCCGACGACGAAGACCAGCCUGACCAGCUCUUCGACAUCAACUCACGAAUUUUUCUCCCAUGCGCAAGAUAUAUCAACUAGAUAAAGAGAUAUCCAUAGUUGCCUAUUCAUUUACAUUGUUAACAAUGUUGGCUAUAUUACUCUGUUAUAAUAUUAUAAGACACUUUACAAAUUGGCUUAUAACUUACGAAAUACAAGUAUUGAAUGAAUACUCAUUUCUUUCGAGCUAUAAUAAAAGAGGCUCUAAUUAGUUAUAGUAUGAUUGAGAAUGUUUAGUUUCACUGUUAGUUUAAAUUGUAAGCAUCUCUAUGAGACAUGCUAUUUGCAUUAACAAUGUCGUACUAAUGGUGCGCUUGAUUCUCCGUUGAAUUUUACGAAUAAUCUCCAAUGUCUAUUGUCAUUUAUAAGGGUUCUGCGCUGAAUUGUUUCGAAUCUUAAAUGUAGAUUUUCAGAAUUAAGAGUAGAUUAUGUGAUCAUGCAAUGACUGUCGUCAUAGUUUACGAUCCCGUCUUAGAAAGUGAUAUCCUCAUCUGUUAUUUGGAUGAGAAGUGGCCUUUAUUAAAGAUGAUCUUGUGUAAUAUUAAUUGUCUGUUACAAUGGUUGCAGCGAUAACAAUUUAAAAUGGGAGAUAGAAUACCAGCUGCUUCUGUUUAUUGUAAUGCAAUUAUUAGGAUAUAUCUAGCAGAAUUUCAGGUGAAAAUUAUUUUACGCCAUAUUUCACUUAAUUUUUUUUAAAGUACUUAUCUUUCAUUCCGUCCUCGUUAGAGUAAAUUAUGUUUAGCACCACGAUAGCUGCCAUAACAUCGUUAUGUGUUACGCUCCCACGUACCACCUUCCAAAAAUCCUAUCAACCGUUUUCGUUAUACGUAUUUGCUUAUGGCUCUUUCCAGCUUAGCUCCGUAUAAUUUCAUAACUGUAUCUCAUUUUCCAAGUGGAAAGGGUCCUAACAGAUUCGAACAUAAAUGGUAUUUAAAGUUUGGAUAUCGGGACAAUCAUCGAAUAUCGAUAUCAUCAUCCAAGGGGAUAUUGUUUCCUAGAUAAUUAACUCUGUAUUUUUUACAAUUACGCCAUUCUGUAUAGAAUAACAAUAAGAAUCUUUUUACUGCCAUAUCCAAAAGUAACUGUAUAAGCGAAUCAAAACUCAUGUAUAAUAAUGGAAGCAGCAGUAAUUAUCCGGUAACAGAUGUGGGUAGAACCGUCUAAGACCAGAUCUUAUACUGUUGGUGUUGUUAACGUUUGCAAAGUCAGUGUAACUGUAAUCUCCAGUUUGAUAUUUCCAACGGCAUUAGGUGUAACGAGCAGUAUUUGUUCUGCUGCGUGGUCUAGUUUUUAGUACUCACUGAAUGUAUUUUGAAUGACUGACUAAGGUAGGGCAUCGCGAAAGACUUAGGGUAUAUUGAUUUACGUCACUUUUGACAAAAUUAGGAAUUAAUUUGAUUGAAUCUUACUUUAUACGUGGUAAUUUUUUCGAAUACAUCUGCAACGUACAAACUUAUCAUAUUUCAAUUAAAUUAGUUGUUUUUUUUUUCAAUGAUUAAUGGUUACUCAGCAUGAAAAAUGAUUUCCGGUCACGUGCAAGGGAUAUGUGUAAGGAAUGUCUUAUGAAUUAAAUUUCUUUCUUUAACCUUUACCUAUUUUCUUGCAGACUUUUUAACAUUGUCCAAAAAAUGUUGAAGUAGUCCAAAUGAAGCCGUAACCGAUGUAUAUUUUUAUAGUCAAAUAAAAAUAAUAACAUUGUCGUGGCCAUAUUCUAUAGGCCUAUACGUCACUAUCGUCGCCGCGUCUUUGAACUGAUCUGUAUACAUCUAUGCUCCAUCAUCUUUGGUAACGGCUUUGGGGUGUUCUUGUAACACCAUUACGAUCUGCAAAUUGCUUUAAUCAUGAAUAAAUGGCAGUCUCGUUAUUUUAUUAGCAUUACAAAAAUAGUAUACUAUGUGAUGUUUUUGGGUUGUCGAAUAUAAGCAUCUUCGUGUCUAUACACGUCUUUAUGUUUUGCCCAAUUUUGGGAAGGGUAGCAUAAAAAUAAGCAGUAGCUAUACUAAUAUCUUAAUUUGCGUUGAUACAUUGUGCGGAAAUAAGGUGGAUGAUUUUCAAAUGUUUGGCAGAAUAAAACGGAUCAUUAAUUAUCCUUUAAUAUCCGUGCUAAAUAUCUUUAAUGCUUCUUCUAAAAACAUCUAAAUAUAAAUAAAUCAUAACCAAAACCUUGUUUCGCUCAGUGUAAUCGCUUUUACUCAAGUUGAAUCGAAUCAAUGUGUAUUUUUAUAGCUAUUAUUGUGUUAUAAAGUAUUUACACGUUAUCUUGUUACAAUUGUCUUCUCGUUUGCUUUAACAAGGUGAGGCCUUUCGUAGUAUUAACAAAUUAUACCAGUCUGUAGACUGUUCGAUAUCAAAAUUUCAAAGUUAUUCAUAUUAUAAAAUCAUGUAGAUAUUUUUAAUCGUAGUUAUUAAUAAUUAUGGAUAUUGCUAAUAUUGUUCAAAGUUAUAUUUUGGCAUCCAAUAGUUUAAGAUCUAGUUAGAUAAAAUGCAAUCAAUAAAACGUUCAUUAAAUAAUAUACUUAAUUACUACGGUUUGAAUUAGUAUUUUAGCAAUUUAGCUUACGAGGUUUUUGCAACAACAACAAUCUUAUUAACGCAGUAAAAUCUACACCCCCAAAGAGUAUUAUUAUUAUGGUCACUCCUACCUAAGAAUUUAAAAAUUACUUAAUAUUUUUUAUACUAAUUUAAAAUUUUGCACGAAAUAUUUUCAAAUCAUAGCACGUGGACUAAGUUAGUUAUAUAUGAUUAUGUAAAUAUGUAUGUCCUACGAACUUCCU